CGGAGCCGGGAUCGAGGCAGAGAAAGCGCCCCGGUCCGCAGUCUUUACCCGAGUGAUCCGAGCAUUCUCGUCGGCAUACUGGUCCAGGAGCGGUGUUCCGCAGCUAUAAAGAAGAGAGCUGAGCACUAUCCCACUGCGCCAGCAUGAUGGGUGUCAGCGACUGUGUAGAGGAGCAAAAAUAAACCCACCGCUUGCUCUGCUUGACCACGUAAUCAUGUCAGCUCUUCUCUACAUCACCUUGUUCGCCCGUCUCGCCCAGGCCAUCCUCACGCCUCCUUCGACGGGCCCUUAUGUCGUCGGCACGUCCGCUCUCGAAAUUGUCGACUACACGCGCCGCGAUCCCUUCGCGCCGAUACCCCAACCGCGGGAUCUCGUUGUCUCCCUCUUCUACCCGACCAACAUAGACACGGCUAAGUGCAUACCGCAGACACAGAUUCCCGAUCGCACUGCUGCAGCCCUCGAGGGGUCAAACUCCUUUCCCAACGGCAGUCUGCAUAAUAUAGUGACGCAUGCCUGUCUCGGCGCGCCCUGGACGCAACCGUCCACGCCGCUGCUGCUCUUCAGCCCCGGGCUUGGUAUUCCGAUAUCGCCCCACGCCGCUCUCCUGGCUGAGAUCGCCAGCUACGGUUGGAACGUAGUCGCAGUAGACCACCCGUAUGAGUCCGCGGCGGUUGAGUAUCCGGACGGACGCAUUGUAUACCAGAUCCCGUCCAACGCUACGACCGAGGAGGAGCAGCUCCAAUACACGCUGCGGAACAUCGAAGUGCGCACCGCCGACCUGGUAAGCGUGCUCGACGGCCUCAAUAACGCCACGAUAACCGGCCAGAUCCCGGGACUGGGGAGCUGUACACUCCGUACAGACAGGGUAGGCGUGUUCGGACACUCGCUCGGCGGCGCCACGGCGCUGCAGGCGACCGCAAACGACACGCGCUUCGCCGUGGGUGCGAACACGGAUGGCUCCUUCUGGGGGGACCAGCCGCAGGUCGGCACAGACCAGCCGUUUGCCAUCCUCGCGGGGCGGAACCACACGCGUGAGAACGACGUGAGGUGGGCGGCGGCCUGGCCGAACCUGCGCGGCUUCAGGCGCGAGUACCGUGUCCACGGCGCCGAACACCUCGCGUUCACAGACGUGCCGCUGUUCCGGGAACUAUGGGGCCGCGGACUGCCGCCCGCCAUAGAGGAGCUCACCGGCCCGAUCAACAGCACGAGGAUCAUGGGCGUGCAGACGGCCUUCCUGACGAGCCUGUUCAGGAGGUUCCUCGAUGGCGAGAACGACGGCCUCUUGGAUGGCGUCGGAGUGGAUGCGUGGCCCGAGGUUACGGAGAUAGAGUAACGAUGCUUGCUAAGGGGAAUAGGCAGGGCAGGUCGUAAAUCGUAGUAGCUUCUUCCGAGAGAAACUAGGGGGGGGGGGGGUACACAUGCCUAUAGGCCGUCGAGCGGAGCAGCUCCUGGCUACACAUCACAUUCAUGGCAUACCCGCCCUCGAAUAUCCGCUUCACCUCUCUAAUAACCGAAUACAAAUAUUUUUCGAUCUAUCAUCUCGGGAUGUCAUAACGCUUCUAUACCCGUCUUAUCCCUCCCUGAACCUGCCUAGA